AUGGUAGUCACAAGUCGUCUUUCUAUCGCACCUGAGAAGGUCCUGUCAGCUUCAGCUGGGGUUCAGGGUGAUGCCAAGUCAGGAAGUCUGACCCUCACUAACGAAGAUGUCUCAGAGGCUGCCGAGAGGGCAACCGUUGUCUUUGACUUUGGGCUUUGCGUGGGUGGUGUUCCGGUCUUCACCAUAGACAGCGCGCAUGGUGAGGGUCCAAUUUCGCUGCAAGCUGUGUACAGCGAGACUAGCGACGGAAUCAAUUGCGAGACUGGCGAUGGUCCAUUCUUCUUCUUCUCGAAUGCCAUGGACAGCUACCGCAACGUAUCAAUGACAAUCGUCCCAUCAGGAUCGCGCCAAAUCCUCAAGCCGACACUCGCCCAACUCUCGCAGAGGUACUUGAAAUUGGUGCUCCUUUCAGCGAAGUCGUCCGUUGUCGUCAGCAAGGUUGAGCUGGAGCAGUUGAGGCCUCCCAUAAAGCCAAAAGCUUCCUUCUAUUGCUCUGACGAAAAGCUCAACCGCAUCUGGAACGACGGCGUUCGGACCGUCGACAUGUGCACCGUGCUGAAGGGGGAAACCGCCCCAUCAUGGGAGGUCACCAAUGAAGGCACCAGAGUCCUCGGACAGCACUGGGCACCGUGUAGACAAGGCACGCGAUGGGGCGACAAGGAAGUAUCUUUCCAAGUUCUCGUUGAGAACUUUGGUGCCAGCUGGGGUGUUCACAUGGUGGCCAACGGAAUCAUCUUUUGCCUGGAUGUUGAGGCCGAAGAGCUUCGUGCUUACGAAGGCUUGGCAGACCAGUCGGCGGUUUUCCCAGUGAAAUGCUUCGGAAGCUGGUCUACCCACGGUAUCGCAAAGAAGGGAGACUGGAUCCAGGUGUCUACCAUCACGACCGGUAACAUCGUUGCAGUCACCAUUGACGGCCGUGAGGUUGCAACCCUCUCAGAUGUACAACUUCGACCGGUUCUUGGCGGUUCUGGUAUCAAUACUGGAUCUGUGGCGUUUGGUGGUCCGAACGGAUGGUUGGCUGUCUAUCGCGAUCUUGUCGUGAAGGAUAAGAACGAGGGCAUUCUGUAUGAGAACAACCUGCGACUGGAGAAUAGAGACAGGACCAUGGCAGACUUCCAGGUUGGGACCAACGCCGUCUCUUGCAUGAUCGACGGAGCCAAGAGAGACAGAGCCACAUUCGGCGGGGAUCUCUUCGUAUCAGGCCGGGGCGUCGCCUACGCUGGUUUGGACAUGGACGCAGUUGCGGGCAGCAUCGAGCUGCUUGCCAGUCACCAGACGGCUGACGGCUAUCUCGGCAAUCUGUGUCCUAUCCAGGCCCCCAUCCACACUGGCGAUGAGCCACCGCCGACGUACGCAUUCUACUCGAUGACGUACGCAUUUCUUUUGGUGGUGGCCAUCAAGGACUAUUGGAUGCAUUCCGGAGAUGACGAAAUCCCCAAACGCUUUCUGCCAGCGGCUGAGAGACUGCUUCAGUUUGCGGGAUCGCAGGUGAAGCCGUCCGGUCUCAUCGAAGUACACCCGGAGCUAUCAAUGCACUGGUAUCCUCUCGGUGGCCCGGUGUUUGGCGCCUCGGGCACAACGAACCUAGCAUACUACGACGCCAUCAACGCCGUAGUUGCCAUGACGGCAGACGUUGAUCGAAGGGCGCAGCUUUCUGAAAGGGCCGAGAACCUGAAGAAAAGCAUCUUGGCCAAUCUUUGGAACUCGGAAACAUGUAGCGUUCGCAUGGGAACAGCUUUGCCGAGCGAUGGAGUUUGUCAAGACACCAACGGCUACGGCUUGUCUCUCGGAGUUUCCCCUGAACCCGAGAAGACCUCUACACAUCUGAUUUGCCCAUCAGACACCAAGCCAGUGGCAUUCAAAGGGCUCAAUCACUGGGAUAGGACAGGGGUAAUCAGCCCCUACGCCACCGGUUUCGCGGUCGAGGCUUUGUUCGCUCAUCAAAAGGGGCUCGAAGCCAUUCAGCUCAUGCGAAGCGUCUGGGAGCCCAUGGCAGAUUCGUCUAGUCCCAACUACUCGGGUGGCCAUUGGGAGGCGAUGACGGCAGAUGGAAAGCCCUUUGGGCACGACACGUCUCUCAUGCAUGCCUGGUCAUCCUGGCCGGUUUUCCUGCUUCCUCAGUACGUCACGGGUGUGAAGCCUGUCGAACCAGGGUGGAGCAGAAUGAGAAUAGCACCGGUGGUCUGUGGAGUUGAGUCAGCCCACUACGAUAAUGAAACACCGAAGGGGAAGAUCGAGGUUGAUUUGGGGGUCGACGGAACGUCUGGACAAAUUGCGGUCACGGUGACAUUGCCUUCUGGCGUUACUGCGGAACUUUCACCUCCCUUAGGAUAUUUCAACAGUGGCAAAGAUACCCUGGAUGGUCCGAUAGAGAAGGUUGUGGUCCAUUUCGAGCAUAAAUAA